AUGGCAGACGUUGGCGGUGAAGCAACAUCUAGUGUUUCCGAGCCUCUGGACCUUGUGCGCCUAUCACUGGAUGAAAGAGUCUUCGUUCGCCUGCGUGGAGAUCGUGAAUUGAAGGGCCGACUCCAUGCGUAUGACAGCCAUUGCAAUCUUGUACUCGGUGAAGUGGAGGAAACAAUAUACACCAUCGAGGAAGAGGAAGAUGGUGAGGAGAAUAUCAAGGUCUCGAAAAAGCAAUCAGAAAUGCUGUUCGUUCGCGGUUGGUCUCGCUCCCUUCUCUUAAAUCAGAUCCUAGCUAAGCCCUCCCAGGCGAUUCCG